AUGUCAAACAACGACAUCUACCAGACCCCACUGGCCUCGCGCUAUGCCUCCCCCGAGAUGGCUCAGCUCUUCUCAAACAAGACGCGCUUCCGCACCUGGCGCCAGCUGUGGGUGUGGCUCGCAAAGGCCGAGAAGCAGCUUGGUCUGCCCAUCCCCGAUGAGGCCAUAACACAGAUGGAGGCCCACCUCGACCUGACCCCCGAGGACUUCAAGGUCGCCGAGGAGGAGGAGAAGCGCCGCCGCCACGAUGUCAUGGCCCAUGUGCACGCCUUUGGCCAGGUUGCGCCUGCCGCUGCGGGGAUCAUCCAUUGGGGAGCCACCAGCUGCUACUGCACCGACAAUGCGGACCUGAUCUUCCUCCGCCGUGGUCUUGAGAUUGUCCUCCCCAAGCUGGCCAACGUCAUCCACAAACUAUCCACCUUCGCCGUGGCACACAAGGACCUCCCCGCACUUGGCUACACACACUACCAGCCCGCGCAGCUCACCACCGUCGGCAAGCGCGCCACCCUCUGGAUCCAGGACCUCCUCUGGGACCUGCGCAAUCUCACGCGCGCGCACGGCGACCUCGGCUUCCGCGGCGCCAAGGGCACCACGGGCACGCAGGCCUCGUUCCUGGCCAUCUUUAGCGGCGACCACGACAAGGUUGAGGAGCUCGACCGCCUCAUCACCGAGAUGGCCGGCUUCGAGUAUGCAUACCCCGUCACCAGCCAGACGUACAGCCGCAAGGUCGACGCGGACGUCAUCAGCGCCAUGAGCAGCUUUGGAGCAACGUGCCAGAGGAUUGGGGGUGAUAUUAGGCAUUUGGCGGCCACGAAGGAGAUGGAGGAGCCGUUUGAGAAGGACCAAAUUGGGAGCUCGGCUAUGGCGUAUAAGAGGAACCCGAUGAGGAGUGAGCGUAUGUGCUCGCUGGGAAGGCAUCUGGCGAACUUGUGCAAGGAUGCAUUGGAUACGUACUCUGCGCAGUGGUUUGAGAGGACCCUUGAUGACUCCGCGAUCCGCCGCAUCGACAUCCCCCACGCCUUCCUCACCACCGACGUCCUCCUACGCAUCCUCGACAACGUCGUCUCGGGCCUCGUCGUCUACCCGGCCGUCAUUGCGCGCCGCAUCCGCGAGGAGCUGCCCUUCAUGGCCACCGAGAACUUCAUCAUGCGCAUGGUUGCGCUCGGCGCCUCGCGCCAGGACGCCCACGAGCGCAUCCGCGUGUUGUCGCACGAGGCCAGCGCCGUGGUAAAGCAGCAGGGCCGCGACAACGACCUCAUCGACCGCAUCAAGAAGGACGAGUUCUUUAAGCCCAUCUGGGGCGAGAUUGAUGUGCUGAUGGACCCGAAGACGUUUGUGGGUAGGGCGCCGGAGCAGACGGUGAGGUUUGUGGAGAGGGAGGUAAAGACGGCGUUGGCGCCGUGGGCGAGCGUGUUGAGUGGGGAGGUUAGUGAGCUCAAUGUUUAG